AUGCUCCUGAUUCAUUUCGGAGUCAUCGGUAGCUCUCUUUUGAGUAGUGUUACCUCGACGACAAUUCGAUCGGCAGCUGAACAAGCAACAACCGAACAUCGACAACUACUCGAAAAUCGGACCGUAACAGAAAGUCUACUUGGUGACCAUGAAGAAUCCAAAGACAGCCAGAGAAAUAUACUUACAUUUCUGGAUGAUACAGAGAUAGUUCGACUCAAUGUAGGCGGUGAACUCAUGUCAACAUCUCGAUCUACUCUUACUCGCGUAAUCAACUCAACUCUGGCAAGAAUGUUCGACGGUUCACCGAAAUAUCAAUUACAAUUUGAUCGAGAUGGAAAUGUUUUUCUUGAUUUCAAUCCAGUUCUCUUUCAUCACCUACUCGAACAAUUGCGAAUGAUGGAGAACGAUGAUUCUCAACAGUUUCAUGCUCCAUCAUCACAGUCGCUUAUUGCUCCAUUUAACAAGAUGCUUCAAAAACUAGGUCUCGAUCCAGCGCCACGAUUGGACACAGAUAUCAUCAUACUCAAUGUUGGUGGUGAAAUCAUAAUGACAUAUCGAGAUACACUUAUUCAACUACCAGAUUCAAAGCUCGCAACCAUUGUCUCAUCUAACGAAUCAGUGAGUGUUGACUCCAGUGGUCAUAUUUUCCUCGAUUUUAAUCCAAGACUGUUUCGCCAUUUGCUUGAUCAACUACGCUCAAGACAGAAAACAACUAUUCAUUCUUUCAAAGCACCAUCAAAUGAAGAUACGAAGGCAUUCAACUCGAUGCUUAUCAGUCUUGGUCUUAAGUCAUUGCGACGUGCCUAUGACAUUUGUGCGAAUGCGAGAUGGGCACAAUAUGGCACACCAGUUAUAUGGGGAUAUGAAAAUGGCAAUUGGAUGAGGCAAGAAUAUAACUAUCCACGUGGUUUGUAUGUUGACGAUAACGGAACUCUGUACGUAGCAGAUGCUUCUAAUCAUCGUAUUAUGGAAUCGUUGCGUGAUGCAAUCAAGGGUCGAACUGUCGCCGGAGGGCAUGGAAACGGUAGCCGGAGUGACCAAAUGAAUAAACCAGUUGAUUUUAUUAUCGACGAAGACGGCAGCUUGAUCAUAUGUGAUUCUAACAACUACAGAGUAGUACGAUGGUUUCGAGGCGCCGAUAACGGAGAAAUCAUUGUAUCUAACAUCGGCUGCUGGGGUUUGGCGAUGGAUGACCAGAAAUGUUUGUACAUCUCUGAUUGGGUCAACGAUCGUGUGAUAAAAUUAUGUGAGGACGAGAUAGAUUUUACAUUGGUGGCUGGUGGUAAAGGGUCGGAUGCUCGUCUUGACCAACUAAAUGGAUCUCGACAUCUAGUCAUCAAUCGAGAUCGUUCAAUUUAUGUAGCAGAUGUCUACAAUGAUCGAGUGAUGAAAUGGGACGAGGGCGCAAACGAAGGCAUUGUAGUGGCUGGAGGCAACAGUCGAGGAAGUAAUCUCGACCAAUUAUCACAACCGUUGGGAGUCAUUGUCGAUGAACUCCACACUGUAUAUGUUGCAGAUACGUUUAAUCAUCGAAUCGUUCGUUGGCCACAAGGAGCUACAGUUGGAAGCGUCAUGAUUGAUGGGAAUGGAGAUGGUGCGAAUACAGAUCAGUUGAGUUAUCCAACGAGCAUUUCAUUCGACCAAUAUGGUAACCUUUAUGUGAGCGAUUUCGGUAAUCACCGAGUUCUAAAAUUCAAAAUUGACACAAGUUUGUGCUUAGCUGAGUGA